UCCACAGUCCAAUUCACAUUAACCAUGUUUAAGGUUACAAUAAUUGUUGGACUCUUGGCGCUGACCCAGGCCAGCCAUAUUCCCCUCGCUCCUUUAGGAUAUGACUACCCAGCCGUUCCACUCCAGGCAAGAUUGCAACCCGUCGUAGUUCCAGCCACGUCAACCAUAAUUUCGAAACCACCAGCACACUAUGACUACGGAUACACCGUAAGCGACCCGUAUUCAGGUGACCACAAGAGCGCCUACGAAACUCGUCGUGGAGACGCUGUGGCCGGAAGCUACUCCUUCUUGGACGCCAGCGGUACCAAGCACACCGUAGAUUACACAGCCGACGCAGCUCACGGUUUCAACGCCAACGUCCACAAGGAGCCCGCUAAGGUGGUUGUGGCGGCCCCGUCAGUUGUUCGUGCAGUUUCAGCACCUGGGGCACCUAUUCGUUGGCAAGAUCUUCUCCCAUAUUUCCCAGGUUAAUCAUGUUUUUGAACUAAUGCUGGUCAAGAAAUAAACAUUUUUUUCUUCUCUA